AUGGCGACCAACACUUCGAAGAUCCAGCAGUGGGAAUCAGGCCAGGAUAGCCUCGAUAGCCUUACGCUGACCUCGGCGCCCAUGCCCGAGCCCGGAAAGGACGAGGUACUGGUAGAAAUUCGUACAGUUUCGUUAAAUUACAGAGAUACUGAGGUUGCGACAGGAACAUAUGGCCAUCACAAGUCCAUCACUCAAGGCUCAAAAGUCGUGCCGUGCUCAGAUUGUUGUGGUAUCGUAACGAAACUCGGCGAUGGAAGCUCCACGUCGCUGAAGGUUGGAGACCGUGUGCUGUCCACAUUCGUCCAGUCGCACUUGACAGGCAACAUUACCGAGAAGGACAUGGGCACCGGUCUCGGUCUUCCCUUGCCAGGCGUGUUAGCGACUCAUCGCGUGUUUCCCACCCAUGGACUAGUAAAGUGUCCAGACUACCUCAGCGAUGAGGAGGCCUGCACACUGCCUAUCGCGGCAGUCACCGCGUGGAUGUCGAUCAACGAUAUGCGACCGCUCGGUCAGCCGGGUGGGAAGGGGGAGGUUGUACUAGUGCAAGGCACAGGAGGCGUGGCCAUUAGUGGAGUUCAAAUAGCGAAAGCUAGCGAUGCAAAAGUGAUCAUCACGUCUUCCUCUGACGAGAAGCUGGAGAAGGCUCGAGCGCUCGGAGCUGAUCACACUAUCAAUUACCGCAGCCAGCCUGAGUGGCAGGAUGAGGUGAUGAAGAUCACAGGGAACCACGGCGCCGACAUCAUCCUGGAGACAGGCGGAGCUCAGACGACCAUGAGAAGCUUCGACUGUGUCGCAUUUGCAGGACUGAUCAACGCAAUUGGCUAUGUGUCUGGCAAAGAAGAUCCGCCUGAGAAGAGGCUAAACAUCAACGUGCUGGCAUUGAGAAAGAAUCUGACUCUGAAGGGCAUAAUAAAUGGACCCAAGGACCGGUUCGAGGAGAUGCUGGAGUUCUAUGAGAAGCAUGACAUUCGCCCGGUUGUGGAUCGGAUAUUCAGCUUCGAGGAAGGCAAGGAAGCUUUUCAGUACCUUGCGAGCGGUUCUCAUUUCGGGAAGGUUUGCAUCCGUGUAAAAGCAAGUACAUAA